AUGAAUAGAGCUGAAGAUAAUUAUAGAAGCUAAAGCUAACUUAGGGAAAAAACAUCUUGUUAAGUAUGCCAUAAAAAACUAGUAAACUUAGAGUAUUGUCUUCGUUGUUCAAGAGCUCUUUGUGAAAAGUGUUAUUAGAAGGGAAAUUAAAGCAAAUCUAUUUGUCAACCUUGCGUUGAUGAGUGUAUUUUUAUGCAAAAGCAAAUUAUGCAGUUUAAACCCAAAUGGUGUUAGUAAUCUAGUAUAGGUAGAGAAUGGGCUCAGCAUUUGCUUGAUAAAGAUUUUAAAGUUCUUAAUGAAGAGUACUAAGAAAUAUAGACAUAAAUAAGCAAGAAUGUAGAUUCAAUCAAAAAAUAGAUUCCUCUCUUUGAAAAAGUUUUGCUAGAUAGUGAUAGCUUUAACUUGAAAGGAAGCAAUAUGAACUUUUCAUUUUUAGACUUUUUAUAUAAAAUAGGAUUUCAAUAAAAUUAAGAUACAAUAAGACCAGUGAAGAAUAUAUUAUUAGCUUUUAUAUAUAUUAAGCCUGAGGUAGGUUACUCAGCUUAUAUGAAAAGUUUAGUUGUUUUCCUUUUAUUUUUUAUGGAAGAGAGUCUAGCGUAUUUUUGCUUUUUAAAACUUUUCACUGAAAUAAUGCCUGAAAAAAUAUGGCCAAGCAAUUGCAACAAAGAAGUUUUACAGAAAAGAGUAAAAGAAAUGUCAUCACUAACUUUAAAAUUUAAUUGUGUUAGCUAAUCUGAAACCAUUAGAGCUAAAUACGAAGAAUUUCUAUAGAAUAAUAUAUUAAAGUUCUACUCUUCUUUUGUGAUAGGCUUUACAUCUUACAGAGAAACCUUUGUUUAUUUUUCAAAUUUAAUGAAAGAAAAGAGUUUUUAUAAUGUGGACGAGUAUAUCAUGAUAAUAUCACUAAUUAAUUACGAUGCCAUUAUAAAUUAAAGCAGCAAUAUUUAUUAAGAUAUUUUAUACAACACAACUAUGACUAAAAUAAAUAAUUUUAAGAUACAGUUGCAUGAGUUUUUAGAUAAUAUUACUAGUACAAACCAAAUAUAUAGCCUAUAUAAGUAAAACUAAAAAUUAGAAGUAUAAAAGGAAUAGUUAAUCGAGCUAAUGUGUAAUUUAUAAACAGAAAUUGGUAUUAAGCAGAGUUAGUAAGAUUAAAUUGAAUCAGAAUUAGAUACCAUGAAAUUUGUUACUGAAAUCAGUAUUCAUGGAUAAAUGUAAGAAGAAACCAAAUUACAGUUAAGCGUUUCAAGUUUAAAAAGCUAACAGAAAGAGCUAGAAGAGUAAGAAUAAAAUCUAAAGGAAUCAAUAUAAUAAGGUGAGAGUAAAAUCAAAGAGCUUUUAGAUAGAGUAGAAUAAAAAUAAAAAUCAAGUAAACAAAAAGCUGAAAGUAGAGAAGUGAUAGAAAUGAGAUAUUUAAACAGAUAGAAUCAAUUAAAAUCAAAAAUAAGAUAAUUAGAAGAAGAUCUAAAGCAGUAAGAUUUAGAAAUAGCUUCUAGAACUAAAAUAUUAGAGGCACGUAAAAAGAAUCUAUUUAAUUAAAGUACUUAGUCAUUUAAAAGCUAAAUAGUUUGA